AAGUGUCAAGCGAGCUAGUGUUGAUUGUUUUUACAAAAUCAAAAAUUAGAUUUUAAGUUUCUUUAAGCAAAAAAUUAGUAAGAGUAUAUAAAUUAUAUUUCAGAAUAAACCUUUUAUUAGGAUGUAAUGCUAUAAUCAAAAUGUCAGUGCUGCAAUUUUAUGGUGCAAGCGGUAAUAACAGUGUAAAGUGUUCAUUAAUUUCUUUGGAACGUUUUCAAGUAGAAUUAUCAGGAUUUGACGAUGGUCUAAUAAAUAUAUUAAAAACCAUACCUUCUAGAUAUUAUAAUCCUCAAACUAGGAUUUGGAGUUUUUUAAUUAAAGAUUACGAGCUAUUACUUCAAAAAUUGGAGCAACUGAAGCCAAGAAUUAUUGUAGAACAGAUUCCUCAGUUUGCUUUGAAAUGUAUAAAAGCAACAAACCAAGAAGUUAACAUAGAAUUUGAUAAAUUAGAUCCAGUUUUAGCAGCAACUCUUCUUCCUUUUCAAAUAGAUGGUUUAAAGUUUGGCAUUGAUAAAAAAGGUAGAUGUUUAAUAGGAGAUGAAAUGGGUCUAGGAAAAACAUUCCAAGCUUUAGCUAUAGCAAAUUAUUACAAAGAAGAUUGGCCUCUUUUAAUCAUUACAACAUCUACAAUGAAGACACAAUGGGAAGAAACUAUUGUAACAUACCUUCCUUCUAUACCCAUAUUACAAGUCCAGUAUAUGAUAACAGCAAAAGAUUACAUAGGGGAGUCAAAGAUUUUAAUUGUCUCGUACGAUAUGAUGUCUCGAUGCUGUGAGAAAAUCUCCCAACGAAACUUUGGAGUUAUGAUAGUGGAUGAAUCGCACACGUUAAAAAGUUUCAAAUCAAAGUGCUUUCUUUCCGCUGCGAAAGUGGCUAGUAAAGCUAAGAGAGUAAUAUUGCUGAGUGGAACUCCAGCAUUAUCGAGGCCUAGUGAAUUAUAUACACAAUUAUCUUUAUUGGAUAAGUCGUUUUUUGGUAGUUUUUACAACUACAGUCAGCGGUAUUGUGAUGCUAAAAUAACAAAGUUUGGUCGCGAUUGUAACGGGCACUCCAACCUGCAGGAACUCGAAGUAAUAUUAGCUAAAAAAUUCAUGAUUAGGCGAACUAAAGAACAAGUAAUGAAAUCUAUACCUAAUAAAAAACAAGAAGUAAUAACAUUAGAUACGAAAUUAAACGAGCUAACCGAAGAAGACAGAAAAUGUCUGAAUAUUUUAUUUCAAGAAUACCAGAUGCAAAAAGGAGUUAACAAGCAUGCAGCUUUGUUAACAUUUUUCGGUGAAACUGCGAAAAUCAAAAUUCCUGCAAUAUGUUCUUAUAUUAAACCGCUACUGAGCCGUAAGGACAAAUUUCUUAUCUUCGCUCAUCAUAAAGUUAUGCUAAACGCAGUAGAAAAUUUAAUAAAAUUGGCAAACAUUAAGUACAUUAGAAUAGAUGGUAAUACAACAACAGAUCAAAGGAAAUAUUUCAUUAAAAAAUUUCAAACAGAUGAUAAAUAUUUGUGUGCUGUUUUAUCCAUAACAGCCACAAAUGCUGGUAUAUCAUUAACUGCAGCCAAAUUGGUUCUCUUUGCUGAAUUGCAUUGGAAUCCCAGUAUACUAAGUCAAGCAGAAGCACGUGCACAUAGAAUAGGCCAAGAAGAGACUGUAUUAAUUCAAUAUUUACUAUGCCCGGGUACAGCUGACGACGCCAUAUGGCCAAUGCUCCAGGAGAAGCAACGAACGUUGAGUGCAGUUGGACUUUGUAGGGAUUCUUUUGAAACAGUGGCUAUCAAAAAACACAAGUCUUCUAGUGAUAAUGACGUCCUAAGUCAAAGUGCUAUAACAAACUAUUUAACACCAACAAAGAAACCGAAGCUGGAAAGUGACGUGUUUGAUGAUGGAUUAGAUGAAAUUUUAUGUAAAAGUGUCAUUGAAUAUAAUGAUUCCAAAGAUGCUGAACUGUUAGAUGAUGGUUUAGAUGAUUUAUUCUGUGAAAUCGAGUUUUAAUACAUAUUGUUAUUUUUGGCGAUUUGCCACGGUUUUUUAACAAGAUUUUUUUAACUCCAGUUUUUUUUUUAAUACCUGAUUAAGAUUUAAUUAUUGAUUUUUUUCUAGAGGGCAAAUGUAAUAAAACAAUGCACAUACUAUGAAGCAAUACAACUUACAUUUAGAAACAGUAUAGUAAAAGAAAUGUCCAUGGAAGAAUUUGUAGGUCUUAUAGGUGAGCAUUAUUAAAGAUAUGUUAAAUUUACCUAUCUUGACAUAUUGCUUUAUAUUUAUUUUUCACUAAAAG